CUGAUGUCUGCCGAGGCACCUUACUUUCUUGUCCCCGCCGGUUCAGGUUCCCCCGUCCUCGCUUCGGCAAGUCCUAGCGGUCGGGCAGAGUCGUCUUCCUCUAGUCCAACGGUCUCUCCUGACUCCACUGGCAAGAAAGGCAAGGUGCAGCUAUCGGCUGACCAGGCCUUGACAGCUGAAGGAAGGCCUCGCGCGCGUGUCUGCCUGGCCUGCGUACAGUGUCGCAAGCGCAAACGUCGCUGCGACGGCGUGAAACCGGAAUGCAACAACUGCUUGAAGCGCUCCUACCCUGCAGCGGGACCGUGCUCGUAUGAUGCCGCCCCUCGAAGACGCGGGAGGGAUCGCGCUCCCGGCUCGCGUCUCGCAGCAGCCUUCGAGCUGAAGAAGACGCGUACGACUCGUUCCAGAUUUGAGGGCGAGGGGAAAGGGCCACGAAAAGAGAAGAGAGCCGUCAAUGCACAACCUGCUCGGGAUGCUACUCAGGAGACCUCUACGGUCUCCGCUCGAACACCCGUAGCAUUACUCGUCCAGGAUACAUCCCGCCCCCCGGCGGUACACCGAGGACAGUCUGCCUCAACCCAAGUAAUAACGGGGCGAAUGGAGGAGGAAGAGCUCGACAAGUCGCAGGGGUACACAUCAGUCUGGACACCGCCUGGAGUACGGUUCAUCCGCGAGACCUGGUGGGAUGCGCUCCUCACGCACCACUCCGGUGUGCCAGCAGGCAGCGUCAUAACAGCGGAUAUCCGCGACAGCGCGAUGCAGGCCAUCUUUGCGGAUCUACGAUCCCUAUUCAAGACUUCCUUGCAUUGGCUAUCCUUCGUAAACAUCCCCCGCUUCUUCGCAAGCCUGCGACACCCAAUUCAUCGACAGGCGGUGCAACCGAGCCUCAUUUACGGCGCCCUGGCGAUGUCGACUUUCUUCCAGAGCUCGGAGCUCGAGAUGGGUGCCAAGGGUCGAGAGAAGGCAUUGCAGCUGCUCGACCGCGCACAUGCGAUGUUCGACGCGAGUUUGACUGCGGGGUGGAUUGACCUCGGACUCGUGCAGGCAGCAUGGCUAUUCGCAAUGUUCGAGCUCCAAGGACACCCUGCAAAUACCGCGGCGCGCGGUCGAUCUGCGUUCGACAUGCUUGACUCGUUGAUUCGAAGUUUGUCGCUGACCAUUCUGGACGUGAUGGAUCCACGCACCUCCGUGUUUUUGCCAGGACAGGUCCCGGUUGUCGUCUCCACGAGUGAUCUUCCGAACAGUUUCACUGCUCCUCCGGCGACAUUCGAACAUGGGAUUCCUACAUCCACUCCUCGUGCUUUACAUGAGGUUACCUCAGACUACUCUCCCCUACCUCCCCAAACGCCCAUGGCAAACGAGGCACAACGGGGUUGCGGGUGCUCUUCUUACUCUCUGGGUACCACCUGGCCGAUAUCCGCCACCCUAACGCCCGCCUGGACAUGCAUGCCGAUGUGGCCGGAGAGCGCGGGCGAGGGCGAGAUGCAGAAGGAGGAGUGCAGGCGGCUCGUCUGGUCAGCCAUCACAUUGGCCAUCACAUACAGCUCGCACGCGGCGGCGGGGACGGACCAGGCCCCCAAGCAUCUGUGGAUCCAGGAUGCGGCGAACUAUGCGCUCCUGUUCCCUGGGGAGAGCCUGGUCCCCCCGGGGACGACCGCGUUGCCGUUCUCGAAAGAGUCAGUGUGGGCGCUGUACAUGCGCGUGCAGUUCCUCUGGCACAGCGCCAUGCGCCAGCGCGGAGACCCGAGUUUGUCGAGUUCGGACCGCGCGGCGUACGCGAUGAGCGCGUGGCUCGAACUCGAUCACGUGGAGGAGUGUAUUGGUCGACAUUCAUGUACCCCGGGGUCGGGGUUCAAGACGCAGCUCCUUGAGAUGCUCUUCAACACGCGGAUGGUCGUCUCGCAUGAGUUCAGGAAGUAUAUCCCUGAGGCGAAAAUCGCCUCAGGCCUGUAUUUCUACAGAGAGAAAGCCGAACGUUGGAUGAACCACGCCCUCGGAAGCGCACAGCAUGUCAUGCAAUCAAUGAAAGACUGCGCUCCUUCGUCGAAUAAUUACACCCGACGAUGCUUCAUGAUGUACUGGUACAUGUCCCAGAUGACUCGAGCUCUGUCGCUCUGGGAGGCGGAUCCGACGCUGCUAGUCGCAUUGACGGUCGCCAAGGCAUUUGCGCCAUGCGUCGAGUUCAUGAUGAUGAUAUGGCCUUCACCCAGCCAGCGCAUUGAGUACCAAGAACUCCGCAACUGGCUUGUUCGCUCUUGUAUGUCUGCUGGCGUGGCUCUGCCAGAUCGGGCGAUACCUAUUGUUCUACCCACGCGAUUCGACAAUCCUUCCUAACAGCGACCUGUAUAGGCCUCGACGUAAACAAUCUGAGCGUAGGACAUGUUCGUUCCCAACGCAUGAUCCUAGGGCUACGCUCUCAUAGGUUAUGAUAAAUUGGC